AUGCGCACUUCGCGUGCCUCCAAAGAAACAGCCAAAGUGCUACAGGCUCUGUCAUCUCCUCCGCACCGCCAGACGCGCACUUCCUCGCUCAACGCCAGCGGGCUGAAAACGUUCGCGUACAACGCCAAUCCGCCAGUCAACUCCCAUCCCGCUGUGAAAAGUGAGGAUGAGUCCUCUCUCUCCUCUGCGAAUACAACAGACAUCGAGGAUUUGCUCGAACCGCCGUCGAAACGUCGAAAGAACAACACGGCCCAGUCGACCGCUAUUCGCAAGCCCCGUUCAACACCCUCCAAGACUGCCGUGAAGCCGGAAUCCGAUGAUAACCACCCUCCAGCACAUUCGCGACGACUCCCGGCGCGAAAACAACGCGCCGCGGAUGGCUCAGUUACUGUUGAACCGCCGUCGAAUUGGGAAACCAUGUACAAUCUCGUGAAACAAAUGCGAGAGGAGAACCCCACUGCUCCGGUGGACACGAUGGGUUGUGCAGAGCUCUACUGGCGCGCAUCCUCGCCGCGAGAUCGCCGGUUCCAGACUCUUGUGGCGUUGAUGCUCUCGUCUCAGACCAAGGACACCGUGACGGCUGUGGCCAUGCAGCGACUGCAUACCGAGCUGGGUGAUGCACCAGCAGAUGAUACAGAUGUCAAAGCAGAAGAAGAUCAUCUUUCCGAAUUCACCAAGAUCAAGACCGAAGAAGACGAAGGCGACAAGAAGCUCCCCGCACCAAAAGACAGCACGCUCAACCUCGAGAACAUCCUCGCCGUCUCGCCUACCCGCCUCAACGAACUCAUCCGCACGGUCGGCUUCCACAACAACAAAACAAAAUAUAUCAAAUCCGCUGCCCUCAUCCUCCGCGAUGAACACAACUCCGACAUUCCGUCCACCCCCGAAGCCCUAAUGGCACUCCCCGGCGUAGGCCCCAAGAUGGCCUACCUGUGCAUGAGCGCCGCAUGGGGUCGGCACGAGGGCAUCGGCGUGGAUGUGCACGUCCACCGCAUCACCAAUCUCUGGGGCUGGCAUAAGACCAAGACGCCUGAGGAGACCCGCAAAGCAUUGCAGUCGUGGCUUCCGCGCGAUAAAUGGCAUGAGAUUAACAAGGUGCUUGUUGGUCUAGGGCAGACGGUUUGUUUGCCCGUUAAGAAGCGUUGCGGGGAUUGUUGUCUUGCUGGUACGAAGCUGUGUAAGAGCGAGAUCAAGGGAUUGCCCAGAACUGGGAUUGUUGUUAAGAAAGACAGUCCGGGGGGAGGAGCCGAAGGUGAAGGUUGA